AGACUACAAAAUGCUGUAUCCUAUAGAACUCAGCUAGGAGAAAAGACACGUAGAAAGCCUUCAUCGGUAGAGCAGAAAGAACGGAAAGAAAAACGAGCAAAAAGAAGGAGAAGAAGGAGAAGAAGGAGAAGAGGAAGAAGAAAUGUCGUCUGCUUCUCUCUUAUCAACUGUGAAAACUACUCCUUCACUCUUCUCCAUCAGCAUCAAGAGCUCAUACCUCCGUCCUCGAGCUCUGGCUAUACCUCCACGUUCUGGUUCUCUUGUUUCUGGGGCAUCGCUUAGCUACAGCUACAAUCCGUUAAGGUCUUUGAUUGAGCACAAUGGAAGGAUAGUGAAGACAAGGAGAACCAGAGGAUCCCGUGCCGUCUGCUAUGCUGCUCCUCUCACUGCUCGCAAUCUCCAGUGGAUCUCGACUGUUUCUUCUGUGGUUUUAAUACUGGCUAAAGGCACUGGCGUGCCGAAGUCAUUCAUUGUUCCAUUAUUUGCCUUGCAAGCUCCUGCAAGUAUCGUUGCUUGGAUGCAGGGUAGAUAUGGUCUAUGGUCUGCAUUCCUAGCACUCCUGGUUCGUCUCUUCUUUCAUAUACCUGGUGAACUUGAGUUGCCAUUUAUAGCAUUGCUCUUGGUGAUCGUCGCUCCAUAUGAAGUUAUGAAAUUAAGGGGAACAACAGAAGGGGCUAUCAUUUCAUUGUUGAUUGCGGGUUAUUUGGCUUUCCAGCAUUUCUCAAGAGCAAGCUUGCAGAAAGCAUUUGACCAAGGUUCAAUUGUGGCCACCUUAGCUGUCAUCUGUAUCACUGUUUCUUCCUUGUUGCUUCUGAUCUGAAAUGAUUGUAAAAUAAUAAAUUCUGGUGAAUUGUAAUAGAAAUAUAUCUGAGUGGCAUAGCUGUAGAAAAAAGUGAAUAAAUGCCCAAUGUUGUUCUUUAUAAUGUAAUAGUUUUUACUAGUAUUGGACUCUAUAAAUGACUACAAAGCCACAUGUAUUUUCAUUACUCUUCAAUAUUUAAUGUUAAUCUGACUUGUUUAA